UUCGUGUUUUCGCCAGAAAAUUGUAUCUUCCCCAGAAUCGCGGAAAAUAAGGAUAAAUAAAUAUGUGGGAGCCGCCGCGACUGAGUGCGUCCCUGCGUACCAAGACGGAGCUGGAGGCGCGCAGCCGGCGCUUCAGCAUCCUGCGCCAGGCGCGAACCACCCCCUCCCCCGCCACCGGCUCAAAAGGCAAUCCAGAGCAGACCAUCGCCAGGUUACUCUCCCAAUUUCCCGCCGGAAAGCAGCCAGCCGCCAAGGUGCAGCUGCAGAAGCUGCGCAACCUGGUGCAGGAGUGCAUGGGCUACGAGGAGCAGCCACAGGUGGUGGAGCACGCGGCGCUCUAUCUCUUCUGGCUGCUCCUCGAGCAGCGGGUGCUCCUGGUGGCCACCACGCAGCGGCUGCACGGGAUGUUUGGCCAGACCUUCGAUCGCAAGAAGUCGCAGAUCCACGAUUGCAUCCUGGCCAUCAGUGAUCUGCUGGAGGAGCACGAGAGAUCAGCCUUGAAAAGAUGGCAGCAGGCGCAGCGAAAGGCCCCUGGAGUUGGUCCCCUGUGGGGCUCGCACAUCCAUGUAAAAUGCACCCCCGCCGAGUGGAUGGACAUCAGUUUGCUGACCGAUCUGGCGCCGGAUGCGCUGCUCAAGAACCGCACCGUCAACAAGUUCUCCAUGAAGUACAAAAGCAAGUCCGCCCCAGCGGCAGUUAAGCAUCCCGAUUCCGAGAAACUGAGCCCGGAGCUGCAGACUUUGCUGGGCAUCUCCGAGAAGCUGGACGACGAGCAUCUGCUCAAUCGAGUGGGCGACAUCCUGGGCUCCAAGCGCAGCAGCGAGGAGCUGCAAAACGAACUGAUGGAGCUCCUGGGCUUCGAUCACUUCGAGCUGGUGGGCAAGUUGCUCCAAGAAAGGGAAAAGAUUGCCCGCCAGCUGGACCAGUUUGCCACGAGAUCGCGGCGCGUUAAAGAGGUAAAACAGAAGCGCAGUGGAGCUCCUCCUGCGGCGGAACGACGACCUACAGUAGCCAGUGCCGUGGUGGUCCAAUCCGCCCAGGAGAAGCAGCUGGGCAAGAUGCAGCGACGCGAGGAGAAGAAGCUGCAGCGCAUCAUGCGCAGCCUGAAGGACGAGGAGCCCGAGGAGGAUCCCAACUGUGCGGUGGCCGUCUCCGUGCAGCAGCUGCGCAUGCAGCACCAGCGGAAGCUGCUGGAGGCCGCCCAGCGGGAGCCACUGCUGCUCAGCACCAAGGCGGUUAAGUCGGAGUACAAGCAGUCCUCCCAGCCCAUCCACUAUCCCUAUGUCUUCGAUAGCCAACUGUUGGCCAAACAGAGCGCUGGUUUUAUAGGCGGCAGCAGGAUCACUUUACCCGAAACUGCCCAGCGGUUGGACAACAAACAGUGGGAGGAGGUCAAGAUCCCGGCCAGCGAACCGCCUCCUUUGACGGUGGGCAACCGGCGCAUCAAAAUCGAGGAGCUGGACGACGUGGGAAGGCUGGCCUUCGCCAACUGCAAGGAACUGAAUCGCAUCCAAUCGGUGGUCUACCCAGUGGCCUAUCAUAGCAACGAGAACAUGCUGGUCUGUGCGCCCACGGGAGCGGGCAAGACGAAUGUGGCCAUGCUGACCAUUGUGCACACAAUCAGGUGCCAUUUAGAGCAGGGAGUGAUCAACCGGGACGAGUUCAAGAUCGUCUACAUAGCGCCCAUGAAGGCUUUGGCCUCCGAGAUGGUGGAAAACUUCUCCAAGCGACUGAAAUCCCUGCAAAUUGCUGUGCGCGAGCUCACUGGCGACAUGCAGCUGACCAAGGCGGAGAUGGCGGCCACGCAGAUACUGGUGACCACGCCGGAGAAGUGGGAUGUGGUGACCAGAAAGGGCGCCGGCGACGUGGCCCUGAUUAGCCUGGUCAAGCUGCUGAUCAUCGAUGAAGUGCAUCUGCUGCACGGGGAGCGAGGUCCCGUGGUGGAGGCCCUGGUGGCGCGCACCCUUCGGCUCGUCGAAUCCUCGCAGUCCAUGAUCCGCAUUGUGGGUUUAUCCGCCACCCUGCCCAAUUACAUCGAUGUUGCGCACUUUCUGCGCGUGAACCCCAUGAAGGGUCUCUUCUACUUCGACUCCCGCUUCCGUCCCGUUCCUUUGGAUACCAAUUUCGUGGGCAUCAAGUCGGUGAAGCCCCUCCAGCAAAUUGCCGACAUGGAUCAGUGCUGCUAUCAUAAAUGCGUGGAGAUGGUGCAGCAGGGCCACCAGGUGAUGGUCUUUGUCCAUGCCAGAAAUGCCACUGUGCGAACGGCGAAUGUGAUUCGCGAACUGGCGGGUCAGAACAACACGAGUGCCCAGUUCCUGCCCAAGGACUCCAAUGCCCAUGGGUUGGCCAUGCGUUCGAUUCAGCGGAGCAGGAAUAAGCAGCUGGUGGACCUGUUCUCCUGCGGACUGGCCAUGCAUCAUGCUGGGAUGCUGCGCGCCGACCGGCAGAUGGUGGAGAAGUACUUCGUCGAGGGACACAUUUCGGUGCUCGUUUGCACCGCCACCCUCGCCUGGGGUGUCAAUUUGCCUGCGCACGCAGUUAUUAUUCGGGGUACAGACAUUUACGAUGCCAAGCAUGGUAGUUUCGUGGAUUUGGGUAUACUCGAUGUGCUGCAGAUCUUUGGACGCGCCGGUCGCCCCCAGUUCGACAAGAGUGGCGUGGGCACCAUCAUCACCAGCUACGACAAGCUGAAUCACUACUUGUCCUUGCUGACUAACCAAUUUCCCAUUGAAUCCAACUUUGUUAACUGCCUGGCUGAUAAUCUAAAUGCGGAGAUUGGGUUAGGUACCAUAACCAAUGUGGAGGAGGCCAUCGAGUGGCUGAGUUACACCUACCUCUUUGUGCGCAUGCGAAUAAAUCCCCAUGUCUACGGCAUCGAAUAUUCGGAGCUGCAAAAGGAUCCCACGCUGGAGGCGCGACGGCGAGCUCUGAUCAUGACCGCCUCGAUGAGUCUGGACAAGGCGCGAAUGAUGCGGUUUAACCAACGCACCAUGGACAUGAACAUCACCGAUCUGGGACGCACUGCCUCGCAUUUCUACAUCAAGUACGACACGGUGGAGACGUUCAACGAACUGAUGAAGCCAUUCAUGAACGAGGCCGAGAUUCUGGCCAUGAUUUCCCAGGCGCAGGAGUUCCAGCAGCUCAAGGUGCGGGAUGAUGAGAUGGAGGAGCUGGACGAGCUGAGGGAGUACUAUUGUAAGAUAAAGCCUUAUGGAGGAAGUGAGAAUAUCCAUGGGAAGGUCAACAUCCUCAUACAGACUUACCUUUCCAAUGGCUACGUCAAGUCCUUCUCCCUCAGCUCCGACAUGUCCUAUAUAACCACAAAUAUUGGACGGAUUACCAGGGCUCUUUUCUCCAUUGUGCUGCGCCAGAAUAAUGCUACUCUAUCCGGCCGCAUGCUGCAGCUGUGCAAGAUGUUCGAGCGGCGGCAGUGGGAUCUGGAUAGCCACCUGCGGCAGUUCCCCGCCAUCAAUGCCGAGACCAUUGACAAGCUGGAACGCCGCGGCCUGAGUGUCUUUCGCUUGAGGGACAUGGAGCAGCGGGAACUGAAGGAGUGGCUGCGCAGCGAUCGCUAUGCGGAGCUGGUGAUCCGCUCGGCCCAGGAGCUGCCCAUGCUGGAGGUGGAGGCCAGUCUGCAGCCCAUCACGCGGACAGUGCUGCGCAUCAAGGUGGACAUCUGGCCGAGUUUCACGUGGAACGAUCGAGUGCAUGGAAAGACUAGCCAGAGUUUCUGGCUGUGGAUCGAGGAUCCCGAGUCCAACUACAUCUACCACUCGGAACUGUUCCAGGUGAGCCGCAAGCUGGUGAUGAGCGGCCAGUCGCAGCAGCUGGUGAUGACCAUUCCGCUGAAGGAGCCGCUGCCGCCGCAGUACUACAUUCGCGUGAGCAGCGACAGCUGGCUGGGCAGCACAACAUGCAUUCCAUUGUCCUUUCAACACCUGGUGCUGCCGGAGCAUCAUCCGCCGCUCACGGAGCUUCUGCCACUGCGUCCUCUGCCUGUCAGCUGCCUAAAGAAUGUUCUCUACGAAUCCCUCUACAAAUUCAGCCACUUUAAUCCGAUUCAAACGCAAAUCUUCCAUUGCCUCUACCACACCGACAACAACGUUUUGCUGGGCGCUCCCACGGGCAGCGGCAAGACCAUCGUGGCGGAGAUAGCCAUUUUCAGGGCGCUCAACCAGAACCCCAAAUGUAAGGUGGUUUAUAUUGCCCCGCUAAAAGCGCUAGUGAAGGAACGCAUUUCGGACUGGGAGCAGCGUUUCCAGCGCUCCUCCUUGGGCUUGAAAGUAGUAGAGCUAACUGGCGACGUCACGCCCGACAUCCAGGCUAUCAGAGAAUCCCAACUGAUUGUGACCACGCCGGAGAAGUGGGACGGCAUCAGUCGCUCCUGGCAGACGCGCGAGUAUGUGCAGCAUGUGUCCCUCAUUGUCAUCGAUGAGAUCCACCUGCUGGGCGAGGAUCGUGGACCGGUCAUCGAGGUGAUUGUCUCGCGCACAAACUUCAUUAGUUCCCACACAGGUCGAGCUAUCAGGAUCGUCGGAUUAUCCACCGCUCUGGCCAAUGCCCAGGAUCUGGCCAACUGGCUGGGCAUCACCAAGAUGGGCCUGUACAACUUCAAGCCGUCGGUGCGUCCGGUUCCCCUGCAAGUCCAUAUCAACGGCUUUCCAGGAAAACACUAUUGCCCCCGCAUGGCCACCAUGAACCGGCCCACCUUCCAGGCCAUUCGCACCUACUCCCCGUGCGAGCCUACGAUUGUGUUCGUCUCCUCGCGCCGGCAGACGCGUCUCACGGCUCUGGACCUCAUCACCUUCGUGGCCGGCGACUCGAAUCCCAAGCAGUUCCUGCACAUCGCCGAGAACGAAAUGGAGCUCAUCCUGCAGAACAUUCGUGAUCAGAACUUGAAGUUCUGCCUGGCGUUUGGCAUUGGUUUGCAUCAUGCUGGCUUGCAGGAGCAGGAUCGCAAGUGUGUGGAGGAGCUGUUUCUCAACCGCAAGAUCCAGGUGCUGGUGGCCACCGCCACGCUGGCGUGGGGCGUCAACCUGCCCGCCCAUCUGGUGGUCAUCAAGGGCACCGAGUAUUUCGACGGCAAGGUGAAAAAGUACGUGGAUAUGCCGAUUACGGAUGUGCUGCAGAUGAUGGGCAGAGCUGGACGGCCGCAGUUCGACAACGAGGGAGUGGCCGUCGUUUUGGUUCACGACGAGAAGAAGAACUUCUACAAGAAGUUCCUCUACGAUCCCUUCCCCGUGGAGUCCAGUCUGCUGGGCGUGCUGGCGGAGCACAUAAACGCGGAGAUCGUUGCGGGAACUGUUCAGUCGAAGCAGGCUGCCUUGGAUUACCUCACGUGGACGUACUUCUUCAGGCGGCUGCUCCGGAAUCCCUCUUACUACCAACUGGAGGGCGUAGAGCCGGAGAAUGUGAAUGCCUUCAUGUCGAGCUUAGUAGAGCGCGUGGUCUUUGAGCUUUCCGCUGCCGCCUGUCUGGUGGAGCGCGAUGGCUGCCUGGUGCCCACCUUCCUGGGGCGCAUUAGUUCCUACUACUACCUGUCGUACCGCACAAUGAAGCACUUCCUGGAGGAUCUGCAGCCCGGGAUGAGCACAAAGGAGGUGCUCCUGGCCAUUGCGGAUUCCUACGAAUUCGAUCAGCAGCCCGUGCGGCACAACGAGGACAAGUACAACGAGCAGAUGGCGGAGACGAGUCGCUUUAGGCCACCAUCCUCCUCCUGGGACUCGCCAUACACCAAGACCUUCCUCCUUCUCCAGGCUCACUUCUCCCGCUCGUCGCUGCCCAAUUCGGAUUACCUAACGGACACCAAGUCGGCGCUGGACAACGCCACUCGAGUGAUGCAGGCCAUGGUGGACUACACGGCGGAAAGGGGAUGGCUAUCGACCACUUUGGUGGUCCAGCAGCUGAUGCAGUGCGUCAUUCAGGCGCGCUGGUUCGACGGCAGCGAGUUUCUAACGCUGCCCGGAGUGAACGAGGAGAAUCUGGAUGCCUUUUUGAACAUACCGCACGACGAUCACGACUACUUGACGCUGCCCGUGCUGAAGGAGCUGUGCCGAAGGGAGUACGAAGUGCUGGCCAAGCCUCUAAGGGAUGCCUUCGAGGAGCACGAGAUCGAGCAGAUGUAUAAGGUAAUUCAAGAUCUUCCCGAGAUCGCACUGCAAAUAUCCGUAGAGGGUCGCUAUAUGGAGGAUGAAUAUGCCAAGAGACCCUUGUCAAUUUCUGGCGACACCAAGGGCGAAUGGAUGCCCCUACAUGCCAAUGAGGAUUACGUCCUCACCGUUAAUCUCCAGCGUCUUAAUGCCAGCGGACAGCGAAGACAAGGAGGCUACACGGUGCACUGCCCCAAAUAUCCCAAGCCCAAGAACGAAGCCUGGUUCCUCACACUGGGCUCCCAGGCCAAUGACGAGCUCCUGGCCAUGAAGCGGCUAACCAUUCGCGGCCAGCGCUGCUCCAACCGCAUUUCCUUCCAGGCAACUCCAAGACGUGGACGUCUGCAGCUCACGUUGUACUUGAUGUCCGACUGCCUCAUGGGUUUCGACCAGCAGUAUGACCUGCGGUUCGAGAUCAUCGAUGCAAAGGAGGUCUAAAGAGAUCCUUCAGAAAUUAAAUCUAAGACGAAUAUCGUAGCAUUCUGUAGAAUUGAGGCUUAACCCUUAGUAAAUGGACUUCAUACCGCCUAUGAACGUUUUUCACAGCCACUGUUAGCACACCUUAAGUUAGUAGUCAAACUGAACUUGCGUAUUUAUUGUGUGAUCCUCCCAGACAUGUAUAACAUUUUUAUCAUUAGUAACUGGCUUCGAGACGAAGCUCCUUUGUUAACCGACCAUGUAGAACUAGCGUGCCCCAAACACUUUCUAUGAAUUUAUGGAGUGAAGAUUUUUAUUACGUGAAGUUAAUAAAGUUUGUAUUUAAAGAGCAA